AAGUACGCAUCACCUCCAAAUAUGCCCGCCGCCCACCUUUCGUCUCUCGAGGGAACCCAUGCCGACAUCGGACGGACGGAUGCCCAUAACAGAAAUGAUCCAUUGCUGACCAGGCUUCAUAGAGAGUUCGACUCUCGGCUAUCGAUUCGCACAGACAACUGAGUGCCCGUUACCGUAACCAUGUCGAGACCCAAGGUCCUCCAGCUGGGCGAGAUUGAGCACGCCCACGAAGCCUGGUCCGGGCUGAGCUCCGUCGCGGACAUUGUCAAGCCCAAGGCGACCAGCCGCGCCGAGUUCCUCGACGAGUGCAGGUCCGGCGCCUUCGACGGCGUAAAGGCCAUCUACCGCACGUUCGCGAGCGUCAGGACCACGGGGCGGAUUGACGCCGAGCUGCUUGCCGCGCUGCCCGAAAGCGUAGGCUUCAUCUGCCACAACGGCGCCGGCUACGACCAGAUCGACGUCCCGGCCUGCACCCCGCGCGGCAUCCUCGUCUCCAACACCCCGACCGCCGUCGACGACGCCACGGCCGACAUCAACAUCUGGCUCAUGCUCGGCGCCCUGCGCAACCUCAACGCCUCCGUCCUCUCCCUCCGCGCCGGCCGGUGGCGCGGCGACCCGCCCCCGCCCCUGGGCCGCGACCCCCAGGGCAAGGUCCUCGGCAUCCUCGGCAUGGGCGGCAUCGGCCGCAACUUCGCCCGCAAGGCCGCCGCGUUCGGCAUGCGCGUGCGCUACUUCAACCGGACCCGGCUCGACCCGGCCCUCGAGGCCGAGUGCGCCGCCUCUUAUGUCGACUUUGAGACGCUGCUGCGGGAGAGCGACGUCAUAUCCCUCAACCUACCUCUGAACUCCCACACGCGCCACACCAUCUCCCACGCGCAGUUCGCCCAGAUGAAGCCCGGCGUCGUCAUCGUCAACACGGCGCGCGGCGCCGUCGUCGACGAGGCCGCCCUCGUCGACGCCCUCGCGUCCGGCCGCGUCGCCAGCGCCGGCCUCGACGUCUUCGAGAACGAGCCCGAGAUCCACCCGGGCCUGCUCGACAACCCCAACGUGCUGCUCGUGCCGCACAUGGGCACCUGGACGAUCGAGACCAGCCUCAAGAUGGAGGAGUGGGCCAUCGGCAACGCGCGGCGGGCCGUCGAGGAGGGGCGGCUCAACAGCGUCGUCGUCGAGCAGAGGGAUCUGGCGAAGACGGGAUGAGGGCAAGAGAGCGUGAUAGAAUUAGAGAGAGAGAGAGAGAGAGAGAGAGCCCCUAUCUGUCGGUGCCGCUGGGGAGUGUCGUUGGCAGUCCGGUUCACAAUGCGCUGAACCUAGUCCGGCCACUUAUAAGCAUUUUUUGAAAGCAAGGUUUCACUGAGCUCGAAAGCUACCAUCUCUGCAGCCGGCGAGAUUGAAUAAUGUAGAUAGCGCUAAA